AUGAGUCGGAAUGUCGACAAAGCUAACUCCGUGUUGGUUCGAUAUCAGGAGUUAGAAGCGGAGAUAUCUGGUGGCUAUAAGGAUUACUCGAGAUAUAAGAGACCGACGAAGAUAGCCUCCGUCAAAAAACUAGAUGAGGCUCUCGAGUGGAGAAAACAGGUCAUAAGUGAUAUAAAGAACGACUCGACAAGAAUUUACGAUCCAUCUCUCAACGACUUUCAGCUCACGGAACUGAAUGAUGAACUCAAUGAUUUAUUCAAGGAAAAGACCAGAUGGGAUUGGCAUAUAACACAAUUGCCAGGAGGUAAGAACCUCGCUAGAAGGAAACGAGACGACAUAGUGAGCGGCAAAGUUAUUGCAGGUAAACGGUAUUUUGGUAGGGCUGUGGAGCUUCCGGAGGUGCAAGAGCUAAUCAAGCAGCAACAAGCCGCAAGGGACUCAAAUAAGAUAGGAAAGGGUAUUGUAGAUGUGGGAAGGAUUCCAAAGAGUACCAAAAACAUAUAUUAUGGUAUAAAUUGUGAGCAAAAUAAUGAAUUGAAGGAAUUUGAAUCACAGUGGACAGAUUUACUCAGGGAAAAGUAUGGUAGUAAUCUCAGGAGCAGAUUGGGGGUUAGGAAGAAUAUAUUAGAAUCAGAUGUGACAGUACCGACAAUUGGAGAUGUGGAACAUUGGCUGGUAGAAAGAAGAAAAAAAAAACUUUUGGAUGAGUUGAACCUAUGA